GUCCGGGCACGGACACGGUGAUGACUGACCGACUCCUGGAACUCAUGGAUACGACUCCGGUUUUCAUGGUCUUGAGGAAUCCUGACAUGUUUCCGUUCCGGCCUGCCUCUCCUGGAUGGGGAUACCGUGACACGAUAAAGCGGGACCAGUCCUUUCCCUCGGUCCACCAGAAGUCCAGAAGGGGACUUUAGGCUGCCGAACAGGUGAAUCUCUUUCAAGGCUACGUUUGGACGCCAUGCUCCUCCCGACGGAUCCCACAUGGACGCCUGACUCCACCGCCCUGCCGCCCAGAUAGUGCUGGAGGGGAGAAUGCAUAUCAUCUCCUGCCCGAAAGAAGAAGCCACCAUGAGCAACGUCACGGUCACCGACAACACCGAGCCCCUCACCCACACCGUGAGUCCGGCCACCCCCGGCCCCUGCAGCUACCCGCUGAGUUUCCAGGUCUCCAUCACGGGCUUCCUCAUGCUGGAGAUCCUCCUGGGCCUGAGCUCCAACCUCACCGUGCUGGUCCUCUACUGCAUGAAGUCCAACCUCAUCAGCUCCGUCAGCAACAUCGUCACCAUGAACCUCCACGUCCUGGACGUGCUGGUGUGCGUCUGCUGCAUCCCCCUCACCAUGGUGGUGGUCCUGCUCUCGCUGGAGGGGGACGCCGGGCUGCUGAGCUGCUUCCACGAGGCCUGCGUCUCCUUCGCCAGCGUGGCCACCGCCGCCAACGUGCUCGCCAUCACCUUGGACCGCUACGACAUCUCCGUCAAACCGGCCAACCGGGUUCUGACCAUGCGGCGGGCCCUGGCGCUCAUGACCGCCAUAUGGGUGCUGUCCUUGGUCAGCUUCUUGGUGCCCUUCAUGGAGGUGGGCUUCUUCGCCAAUGCGGAACUCAACCAGACCCUGGUGGAGAGCGCGGUCCACUCCAACCAGUACUACACAGAACUGGGUCUCUAUUACCACCUGAUGGCGCAGAUUCCCAUAUUCUUCUUCACGGCCGUGGUCAUGCUCAUCACCUACUCCAAAAUCCUGCAGGCGCUCAACAUCCGCAUCGGCACGCGCUUCCACGCCUCCCAGAAGAAGAAGGUGCGCAGGAAAAAACGCCCCUCCAUGACGGCCAUGACCACGCAGCCGGAGGCCACCGACGCCUCCCAGAGCAGCGGCGGACGCAACCCCACGCUGGGUAUGCGCACGUCGGUGUCGGUCAUCAUCGCCCUACGCCGGGCCGUGAAGCGCCACCGGGAGAGGCGGGAGCGCCAGAAGCGGGUCUUCAGGAUGUCCCUCCUGAUCGUGUCCACCUUCCUGCUCUGCUGGACGCCCAUCACCGUGCUCAACACCGUCAUCCUCAGCGUGGGCCCCAGCGACCUCAUGGUCAAGCUCCGGCUGGGCUUCCUGGUCAUGGCGUACGGCACCACCAUCUUCCACCCGCUGCUCUACGCCUUCACCCGGCAGAAGUUCCAGAAGGUGCUGAAAAGCAAGAUGAAGAAGCGGGUGGUGUCCAUCAUCGAGGCCGACCCCACGCCCAACAACGCCAUCAUCCACAACUCCUGGAUCGACCCAAAGAGGAACAAAAAGGUGACGUUUGAGGACAAGGACGCGCGGCGGAAUUGUCUGUCCUCCGAGGCUGUGGAGUGAAGGGACUCGUUCAGAAAACUGGGGGGGGGAAAGGGAAAAUGUUCGUCCAAAGCCGUCAUGUAAAUAUGAAGUGCAAUAGAAUUGACAGAAAGGCGGGUAAUUUAUGACUAUUUAUUGAUAGGUAGGACUAGGGAUGAUGUUUGAUGAGAAAUUAUCGAGUUCGAGCCCAUUAUCGAAUCCUCUUAUCCAGGGGUCGGCAACCCAAAAUGUUGAAGGAGCCAUAUUGGACCAAAAAUACAAAAAAAAAUCUGUUUGGAGCCGCAAAAAAUUAAAAGCCAUAUUACAUGUGUCAUGAGAUAUACAUUUAAUUAAGAGGACUUAAAGGAAACUAAAUGAGCUCAAAUAUAGCUACAAAUGAGGCAUAAUGAUGCAAUAUGUACAUAUCGCUAGCCUAAGUAGCAUGUUAGCAUCGAUUAGCUUGCAGUCAUGCAGUGACUAAAUAUGUCUGAUUAGCACUCCACACAAGUCAAUAACAUCAACAAAACUCACCUUUGUGCACUCACGCACGACGUUAAAAGUGUGGUGGACAAAAUGAGACAGAAAAAGUGGCAUAAAACACGUCCUGGAAAGUCGGAGAAAUUUAUACAUGUAAACAAACUAUACGGUGAGUUCAAGGACCGCCAAAAUAAGUAGGAGAAAACGGCGCUCGCCAAAUACUCGAAUGAGUGAAGCCUGUUUAAUAUAAACAGUGUGAUUUAUAACAAUUAGGGAGGUUUGUGUCAUGUUUGUCCUCCUACAGAAACCAUACUAAAACAAAAAAAUACAUUUUUUCCCCUCAUCUUUUUCCAUUCUUCAUACAUUUUUGAAAAAUCUCCAGAGAGCCACUAGGGCGGCGCUAAAGAGCCGCAUGCGGCUCUAGAGCCGCGGGUUGCCGACCCCCGCUCUUAUCGAACCGAUUCCUUAUCGAUUCUCUUAUUGAAUCCAUAUAGGUUGUUGUAUAUGGGAAAAAACAAUAUUUGGUUUAACAAAAGCUCACUUUUAUUUUAUAAGAAAAAAAUUGAAUUAAAUAAAUAAAUAAAUAUUGACUGUUGUUACCCCCCUAAAAAAAUGACAUAAAAUAAAUAAAUAUUGCCUGUUGUUAUAUUAAGUGGGAUUUUUCAGAAAAACAAAUAUAUACAGUAACACAAAAACACUAUCGGUGUAUAAAUAAUAAUAUAGUGUCAAAUAAAAUCAGUCCCUUUGGCAAAAAACUGAAAAUAAUACAGCUCUCCAAAAAGUGCACUUCUGCUGCUAUUGGAACAUACUAACUACCGUAUUUUUCCGAGUAUAAGUCGCACCGGAGUAUAAGCCGCACCGGCCGAAAAUGCAUAAUAAAGAAGGGAAAAAACAUAUAUAAGUCACACUGGAGUAUAAGUCGCAUUUUUGGGGGGGAAAUUUAUUAGAUAAAAGCCAACACCAAGAAUAGACAUUUGAAAGGCAAUUUAAAAUAAAUAAAGAAUAGUGAACAACAGGCUGAAUAAGUGGCAUAAAUAACCAACUGAGAACAUGCCUGGUAUGUUAACGUAACCUAUUAUGGUAAGAGUCAUUCAAAUAACUAUAACAUAUAGAACAUGGGUGUCAAACUCUGGCCCGCGGGCCAAAUGUGGCCCGCCGUGUAAUUUCAUUUGGCCCUUGAGGCAAUAUCAAAUUAACAUUAGAGCUGGCCCGCUGGUGUUAU